GGACGACGAGUCCAACAUGGGUACCGAUCGGAAAUUGAAAAAGAAGAGGUCUCCGGCUGAGUUCUCGUCGGAAGAUGAAGGGAAGAACAAAAGGCGUAGAAGUUCAGAAACAAAGAGUGAUAAGAAAGAGAGAGACUCCCAUAGGAAGCACAAAUCGCAUAAAUCUUCAAGUACUAAAGAAGGGAAGCACAAACACAAAAGUAAACACCACAAGCAUGAACGUCGUGUGAUAUCAAAUUUCAAGGAGCUUUCAGACGCUGAUUACUUCUCCAAGAACAAUGAAUUUGCCACAUGGCUCAAAGAUGAGAAAGACAUGUUCUUCUCAGAUCUUUCUUCAGAAUCUGCACGGCCACGAACAUCUCAUAAUUGGAAAAUCAAAGUGGAUACAAAAGGGCAUGACGUGUGCGGAUCAUCAUGCUUAAGAAGGAAGGAAGUUAACAUCAUUAAAUGUUAGCAUUAAAGUUGUGCAGACAAAAUUUUCAUUUAUGAGCGAAAUUAAGUACAAGGUUUUUAAUUUGUACAUCGUGUAUAAAGAGUUGUACAUCUAAUAAAAUAAUACUUUUGAUUUA